CAAAAAUGACUUCCCGCUAUAUUAUCCUAUUAGAAUGUCAACUUCUCUUGUAUACUAAUGCCCAGGAGCAAUCUUUUGAUAUGGAGAAGAUCCCAUUGUCCCCAAACAUGCUGCCGUAAGUGUUUGGCUCUGAUAACGGAAUUGUCCUUGAAUUCGCUCGAAAGAUAUUUAGAGCAUAUUGUAGACUUCCAGUCUGCAGAUUCUUAAUCCCCAGAGGUAAUACGGGACUGCUCUCUCAAUUUCAAGAAAAUCUCAGAAAUUCACUUCAUAUGCUCUGCCUGACUCUCUUUCCUCCUCGGCGAUUGAAUCUGCAAUUGUAUCCAAAUUAUGCUAGUUGCACCAAUGAGUGCUAGAACCUCUUCAUCAAUAUCAAGCUCUACAUGGAAGAACGUUAUCAUCGCACCGAUCCGAAUGCUAUGAGUUCAUUGCAUCUUUUGAUGAACAUCCAAGGUUGCCAUAGUGAAUAUGGUCAUACUCAUCCGAUCAAGAGCUCGGUAGUUCCCCAGCCAGUAGUGAAAACGAACAAAUCUCAAGAAAUUUUGGAAGAAGUCUCGGAAACAAAAAUGCCAUUCAUCACAACAACUCAACCGUCGGGGCAUCAACUUUUAUAUGCUCUUUGAAUUCCAUCUUCAUCUUACACAAUUCAAGCAAGACCACCUUCCAUCACAACCCAAAGCAAAAACCACACAAAGCUCAAGCAAAACUCCCACAACUACCAAUCCACAUUCUCCCGUCGUCCAAAAUGCCUCCAGCUAUCAUUCGAGAAACCAUGGUCCAAGACCUCCUCGAUUUCAUCCGCGAAGCCAUCCCCAUAAUCCACGAAGCCAGCACCGAACUCCUCGAACUAAUCCUAGAAAACGACCCCAGCACCUCCAACGUCGCAACAUUUUAUCGCCGCUGGAUACGGAUAAACCUCAUGCGACAACUCCUCCCACUAGAAGAAGAAGAGCGCCAAGAAUGGUUAAUCGACCUAUUCAGCGGUAGACAAAACACCGUCGAGUAUUUUGCCGAAACAAUGCUUUUAGUAUGUUGAUUCAUUUUUGGCUCUGGUUCUGGGUUUAUAAUUAUUGUUGAUAAUGAUAAUACUAAUGAUAAUAUAGAAUGGUAUAUGGACAGAAUCCAAAGAUAAAAAUGGGUUUCUCAUUUACCGCAUGCAUCGACUGAAAGAAACCAACUUCCGCAACUGGCUUCUACGACCUGAAAUCCAAGAAAUCUACAAAAUCCAAGUCCUGGAACUUCUUCCCCGCAUUCCAAACCCCAGUAUUGAGGGUUCAGAUUAUAUAACUAAUAGAGGAUCUAAAUGUACUGUUAAAUACCACUAUACUAUUAACAUAUCUAUAAAACUCAGUACUAACAUUCCAUCAGCAAGAUAUAAAAUUGUAAUUCCAAACUGGAAACAAGAAAUCAUCACCAUGAAGAAAGAACUCGCGGUUUCUCAAUCACAGGUUGAGGAGUUGAGAGAGGAGUUACGGAGGGCUAAUGAUGUUAUAGCGUCGCAAGUUAGAGCAAUGAGUGUAGGGAUAAACAAUUGAGGGUUGAGCGGAUGGGUAAUGGUAGGGUGGAAGAGGUGGGGAUAAAGAGGUAUAGGAGGUUGUUUAAAAGGUUAGGGAGUAGGGUGGGUGGUUGUUGUUGUUUUCUGCUGUGGAGGAGGGGCGAAUAGGGGAGGAUUCCUGUGCAUUAUGGAUGAAUUUGUACUUAGAUUUUGUUAGAUAGGGUAGAGGAUUGGUUUAGAGCUUUGUAUUGGGAAUGUUGUGAUGUAUAAUUCUGUAUUCCACUUCUUU